CGCGGAGCGGGCGCACACAGGGGCUACAGAGAUGCCGGUCACAGUAGGUGGAUCUUAUGGGUCACAGCCCAAAUGUUUUGACAAAAUAAAGAUGGGCUUCAUGAUGGGCUGCACAGUGGGCAUGGCGGCUGGAGCGCUCUUUGGCACUUUCUCCUGUUUAAGAGUUGGAAUGAGAGGGCGAGAACUUUUUAGCGGCAUUGGCAAGACCAUGAUGCAAAGCGGUGGCACCUUUGGGACAUUUAUGGCCAUUGGAAUGGGGAUUCGGUGUUGAUCUGUGUGAACUGAUGUCUGCUCUAUUGUCCUAUAAAAGAUUUAACAGAGAUCA